UCGCUCGAGCACCUGGAGACCUUCAAGAGGGAGAACAAGAACCUCCAAGAGGAGAUCUCGGACCUCACGGAGCAGCUGGGCGCCAGCCACAAGACCAUCCAUGAGCUGGAGAAGGUCCGGAAGCAGCUGGACGCCGAGAAGCUGGAGCUCCAAGCCGCGCUGGAGGAGGCUGAGGCCUCUCUGGAGCACGAGGAGGGGAAGAUCUUGAGGGCCCAGCUGGAGUUCAACCAGGUCAAGGCGGACUACGAGCGCAAACUGGCCGAGAAGGACGAGGAGAUGGAGCAGGCCAAGCGCAACCACCUGCGGGUGGUGGACUCGCUGCAGACCUCGCUGGACGCCGAGACCCGGAGCCGCAACGAAGCCCUGAGGCUGAAGAAGAAGAUGGAGGGCGACCUCAACGAGAUGGAGAUCCAGCUCAGCCACGCCAACCGCCUGGCGGCUGAAGCCCAGUCCCACCUGAAGGGAGCCCAGACUCACCUCAAGGACACCCAACUGCAGCUGGACGACGUGGUCAGGGCCAACGAG